CUUGCGGUACUGCGAGACGCUGUUGUCUUACUGCACCGCGACUUCAGUGCGUACGUUCUCUGCAUAGUGUGGGAGCCUUAUGCUCACCUUCUGCAUGCACUGUGAGUGCAUGCAUCUGAAUACAUUAUGAGUGUAUCCGCUGGUUCUGCAUGAUCUGAAUACACUGUUCUGUGUAUCUGCUGGUUCUGCAAAAUCUGAAUCCACGUCUCGGCUCCAUAGCUAAAUUGGCGUUAAUCGUAAAACAAGAGAAGCCGCUUCUCCCAAGGUGACUCUUUGUUUGGACUGCUCUGUGUCAGUGUUUGCUGGUUGAAAAGUAAUUGAGUUCCCUUUCUUUCUUCUUGUGUUCCCGCAGCCUUUCUGGCCGAUGGGGACGGGCAUUGCCCGAGGGUUCCUCGCUGGCAUCGACUCAGCCUGGAUGGUGCGAAGCUGGGCUCAGGGAAACAGCCCCUUGGAGGUGUUGGCCGAAAGGGAGAGUAUUUACCGCCUGCUGCCGCAGACCACACCGGAGAACGUCAGUAAGAACUUCAGUCGUUACAGUGUGGACCCCACCACGCGCUACCCCAACGUCAGCCUCAACUUCCUCAGGCCAAACCAGGUCCGCCACCUCAUUGACAACGGGGAGUCCAGAGAAAUGCGCAUUGAGAUUGAGAACGUGAUCAACUCUGCGUCGUCCAAAUUGACCAGGAACGAAUAUUACCGGUAUGACAAGCGGUUGCGAGAAUCCAUCGCUCGAUCCAGUAAGCUUCUCAACUGGUGCCAGAGGCAGACAGAGGGCUAUAAAAACGUCAAUGUUACGGACCUCACCACGUCCUGGAAGAGUGGGCUGGCCCUGUGCGCCCUCAUACACCGUUACAGACCGGAUCUCAUGGAAUACGACUCGUUAGAUGAGCGGAACCAGGAGAGGAACAAUCAGUUGGCGUUCGACGUGGCAGAGCGGGAGUUUGGCAUAUCCCCCUGCAUGACGGGCAAGGAGAUGACCUCCGUGGCAGAGCCCGAUAAGCUCUCCAUGGUCAUGUACAUCAGCCAGUUCUACGAGAUGUUUAAGGACACAGUGCCACCCGGAGAUAACCCCAACCUGAGUCCAGAGGACAAGACGGCGUUGAUCGCGAGCACCAAGUCGCCCAUCUCCUUCCUCAGCAAGCUUGGCCAGAGCAUCGCCAUCUCCAGGAAACGCAACCCCAAGGACAAAAAGGAGAAGGAAACGGACGGUUUGGGGAAGAGGAGAAAAACCAUCCAGGCGGGGAAUUCUGAAGACGAGGAUCAGGUGAGGACGGGGCCUGACGACAGGCCGUCGCCCUCCACCACCCUGACGGACAGGAGGGUGGACCCCUCGGCCGCGGCGGGGGGCCGGGACAACAAGGUCAAGGUGAUGGCCAACCAGCUGCUGGCCAAGUUUGAGGAGAACGCGCCGGAGAAGUCGACGGGCCUCAAGAGACAGGCGGGCUCCCUCCCCAAUCUGGACCGCAUUCUCACCAUUAGCCCGCCUGCUGCCCCUCACAAGCAGCCCAGCCGCCUGGCCCCUGUGCCAGCGUGGAGAAAGAGGCGAACACAACAGCAGGAGCAGCUCAGCAUUCGCUAUAAAGAGCGGGUGAAGCAUCAGACUCAGCCUGGCCAAGGGGAGCAGGGACCGGUAGGCUGCGUGUUCUUCCCUGCCAGGAGCAACACCGACCACCUGCCCAGCUCGGCCUCUCGAAGCUGCCCUAAGAAAACCAUUCUGCUUCCCUCUUCUUCCUCCACCUCUUCACUCUCUCUUCACUCACAGGAAUGGAAGCCGUUGCACUUGGAGGAUCCCGGGCCCAUUCACAUCCCUAGCAUACAGGAAAGGGCUGAUUGUCUGAUCUCUAAGUUUAAAGGCAAGCCUAAGAAGCCUCCCAAGCCCAAGAGCAAGCCCUCACAUUUCUUUGUAGAACAGUGGUACCUCUCCCGGGGCCUGCGUCCCAGUGUCUCACCCCUGUCCUCCCCAGACUCUCCCAGAAAGGAGCCGGCCAGGGCUCUCCGCUCGGAGAACCAAGGUCCCUUACACGUGCUUAGCAUUCAGCAGAGGGCUCAACAGCUUGCCUCUCAGUUUGAGGUCAAGCCAGCCAGACCACAGACCAAGAAGAAACCUUCACGUUCCUUAAUGGAACAGUGGCACCUGGCCCGGGCGCACAGCCCCCCCGAGUCCCCCCUCUCUUCCCCUGAUACUUUCAGACAGCGCUAUGUAAAGAUGUACACAGGGGGCGUUAGCUUAUUGGCUGAUCAGAUAGCCAAUCAGCUUCAGUCUCACGAAGAACCCAAGCCCCUGCUUGACAAGAGGGAACUGGGCUCCCUGAGGAAGGAGUUCCCGGUGAACAUCGGCGGCAGCGACGUGUGCUUCUUCUGCAGCAAGCGCGUGUACGUGAUGGAGCGGCUGAGUGCCGAGGGCCGCUUCUUCCACCGCAGCUGCUUUAAGUGCGACUACUGCGGCACCACGCUGCGCCUGUCCUCCUACGCCUUCGACGUGGAGGACGGUAAAUUUUACUGCAAGCCCCACUACUGCUAUCGCUCGUCAGGCCAAGGCCAGAGGAAGAGGCCGGCCCCCUCCCCCGCGUUACCCAGACCUAAGGCGGAGAUCGUGGCGGCCAGCCGGCCCGACCCGGCCACGGUGGACGCCCCCCCAGGCGCGGCCCUCGUAACCCCGACGGGCCCCUCUGCCGAACGCCGCUCCUCAGUCCCGGAGGCCAACGGCCUGCCGGAGCCCGUCCUCCCCAAGCGUCUGCGCGGGACCCCGGAGCGCAUCGAGCUGGAGAACUACCAGCUGUCCCUGCAGAGGGAGGAGGUGCUGGAGGAGGUGCCGGAGGAGACUCUGGCCGAGCACAACCUCAGCAGCGUGCUGGACAAGACCCUGAACGCCGACCCUGGCUCCAGCAGCAGCUCAGAGUCUGACAUGGACGACGAGGAUGAGGAGGAAGAAGAGGAGGAACCAGAGGAAGUGGAGCAGCAGCAGCUACAGGAGGAGGUGCAGCAGCAGCAGGAGGAGGAGGGGCAGUCGCUCCCCAAAAGCCCCUCUGAUCUGGGAGGCGUUCCCUGGAGGGAGGCGGUGGAGCUCCACGCCAAGCUGAAGGGAGACAGCGAAGAAGGCGGAGAAGGUGGAGAGGGAGGCGAGGAAGACGCCAUCCGGAGAGAGGAGGAGGAAGAGGGAGCAGACGCGGAAGACGAAUAUGAGGAAGACGAAGAGGAGGAGGAGGAUGACGAGGAAGAGUCUAGCGACGAGGGGGAGUACUUCCCCUGGGAGAGGGAGCUUCAGUCAGGGCUUUGGCUGGAGAAGUACCUCACAGACGAAGAGGAUGUUGGUACAUUUAAAGCCAGGAACCUCCUGAUCCAGCAGGUGCUGCAGCCUGUGGACCCGCGGGCCCCGGCAGGUCUGGGCGGGAGGGCGCCGGGCGUGGAUUCAGAGGGCAACAGGCCGCUGUCUAACACCUCCCAGCUGUCCCAGCCCUCUGUGCAAACCCAGCCCUCCUCGACAGCCGUAGCCGCGGAGGCCGCCCACGCGUCCCCCCGGCAGGACGCAGUGAGAGUGUGGCUGGACAGCAUCUCGGGAGAGCCCUGCGAGGAUCUGGAGCCGGAGCAAGAGGCCUACGCUCCUGAUUUAGAGCCUGGCACACAGAUGGAUCAGGAUGACAUCCCCUCGGAUGCAGAGGCGGAGGCUCGCCUGCACCCAUCGGAACACGUUCAGUCACUUCCUGCUGAGGACAGGAAGUCUAGGUUCCUGGGAAAUGUGUCCAGCGUUGAAGUAUCCAGUAUCGGUCCUUUCCAGAAAGAAGAUAUCAUUGUUUCUCCCAGCAAGCCAUCUGCAGAGCCUGAGAUACAGAUAAAGCCCCCGUCUCCUCGCUCCUCGGUGGAGUCUCCCAGCUCGCCCUUUUCCCCGGCACCCUUCGUACCGGAGACGGCCCUGCCCGAGAGCGCCCCCCCGUCGCCCUUACCCGGGAGCCCGCGGGGCUGUUCGCCGUCUCCCGCCGUUUCUCCCGGUCCCACUCCCGGUCCCACUCCCGGUCCCACUCCCGGUCCCACUCCCGGUCCCACUCCCGGUCUCACUCCCGGUCCCACUCCCGCUCUCACUCCCGCUCCAUCUCCGGGCCUUCCGGCAUCCCCCGCCGUAUCUCCCGCCCCGUCGCCCACCACCUUCGCCUUCACGCCCCCGAUCCGGUCGCAGCCCGUCCCCCUGCCGGCGUCGUCCGGCGCCUCCGUGUCUCCGGUGUAUCCCGACCGCUCCAUCUGCCCGCUCACCGGCAACCCCCUCUCCCCCAUCUGCGCCCCGUCGCUACCCUGCCGAGAAGCGGCCUCGCCCAAAGCCUCCCGGUCCCCGGUCCGGACGCAGCCGGUCCCCGCGCUCAGCUCCACGCCGCGGCCCAACGCGGCGGACCCGGAGCAGCCCCCGGACGCCCCCUCGGAGGACACCCCCUCCAAGAAGGCCGACAUCAUCGAGGAGUUCUGGCUCAAGAGCGCCGAGAUCCGGAAGAGCCUGGGCCUCACGCCGCUGGACCGCAGCAGCAGGAUCCUGGAGAAGAGCCCCGACACGUCCUCCUCCAGCUCCAGCCUCGCCCCCUCGCCCCCGGCCCCCUCCGCCUCCACCACCACCACCCCGAAGCCGCUCCGCCCCCCGUCUCUGUCGGCGGAGCCCAAGCGGCCCGUCAUCCGCCGGCUCAACAUCACCCUGGAGGGUCAGGUGAUCACCCCCAUCGCCGCGCCCCCCUCCUCCGCGGGCGCGCUCCAGGGCAACGGCUCUGAUAAGAAAGCGCUGAGCAGCAGCGGCGGCGUCGGCUCCGGCCCGGGGCUCCAACGGAGCGCGGCCCCCCGGAGCCGGGCGACGCACAGCGAGAGCUCCAACGCCUCGGACUCCACCAUGAUGACCCCGCCGUCAAGCCCGCCCCCGCCGGUGCCCGCCAACCAGUCCCCGGCCGUGCUCCGCCCCCAGAGGCACCAGGUGGCCUGGACCAACGGCAAGGAGAAGCCAGGGGUCACGCUGGCCAACGGCCCGUCCGCCGCCAAACCAAAGACCCCCGUGUCGCCCCCCAGAGUCAAAAGCCCGGUCUCGCCUCCCAGGGCCAAAACCCCCGUUUCGCCUCAGAGAGCGAAAACGCCGGUACCCACGCCGCGCACCCAGCUCAGCCCCGUUGUGACGGGGCCCAAGCCUGCUCUCCGAACCCCCACCUCGCCGAUCAAGGCCCCCAAGGUGGAGGAGAAGGAGAAGGAGGAGGAGGUGGUGGUGGUGGUCAUGAGGGAGAAAAAGAGGCCCCGGCGGGAGGAAGCCCGCAAGUCGUUUGUGGAGACGGUGGCGGAGAUCCCGUUCGCCGACGACGUGGACGAGAACUUUGACGAGCGCACCCCGGAGACCAGCCUGAACAAGUACUACACCCCGCCCACCAGCCUCAGGCCCCCCCUGCACCUGGCCCUGGCCAUGGAGAACGGCAAGCCCAACAUCCCCGGGCACCCGAGGGCCACCCAGUUCUCCCCGGAGGCCAAGGAGAUCGCCGAGGAGCGGAUGAGGGCCCGGGAGAAGUCCAUCAAGAGCCAGGCCCUGAAGGACGCCAUGAGCAAGCAGCUGACCAAGAUGAAGGAGUCGGACGCGGUCAAGAGUGCGGCGUCCAAGGUGGCCUGGACCGUCGCCGCCGCCGACAGCGGCGGGAAGGGCAGGAAGCCGGCCGUCUCGCCCAACACGUCGGCCGUCAAGGCCCUGGAGUCGAAGAAGGCGGAGACGCUGCCGGAGCGCUUCUUCGGCGGCAACAAGAGCCUGGACGGCUCGGUGGCCUCGUCCGAGGGCUCCUCGGGGGGCAAGAGCAAGAAGCGCAGCUCCCUGUUCUCGCCGAGGAAGAGCAAGAAGGAGAAGAAGGCCAAGAACGAGGGCGGCAGGCCCUCGGGCGAGGGCGAGACGCCGCCCAAACACAAGUCCCUGUGGAAGGCCGUGUUCUCGGGCUACAAGAAGGACAAAAAGAAGAGGCAGCAGAGCGAGGAGAAGUCGUGUCCCAGCACGCCGUCCUCGAGCUCCACCGCGCAGGACUCGGGGAAGAAGGGCAGGUCGUCGCCCGACGGGAAGUCGUCAGAGCUAAAGUCGCGCCGUAACCUGAGCUUCUCCGAGGAGUCAGACCUGUCCUGCGACGACGUUCUGGAAAGAUCCUCCCAGAAGUCCAAGGCAGACCGGCACGAGGACAUCUUCGACUUAGUGUCAGGCAUUCAGCAGGAGGCUCUGAGAGAGGAGAAACUUGGGAAGGAAAGGAGGAGAGUGUUGAAGGAGAGGAUGAGGGCAAAGGAAAGGAAAAAGGAGAAAGCUAAAGCAUGUGACAGAGAAGCUGAUCGGGAAAGAGAGAUCGGAGCUGAUGAGUCUGUUUAUGUCCCCCAUGCACUGGCCUUCAAGAGAUCGUAUGCUACAAAGAAAACGUACACGGAGGAGGAGCUUAACGCCAAGCUCACCCGGCGGGUGCAGAAGGCGGCGCGGCGGCAGGCCAAGCAGGAGGAGCUCAAGAGGCUGCACCGGGCGCAGAUCAUCCAGAGACAGCUGGAGCAGGUGGAGGAGAAGCAGAGGCAGCUGGAGGAGAGGGGGGUGGCCGUAGAGAAGGCCCUGCGAGGGGAAGCAGACUAUUGGGGAGAUUCUAAUUACAGUGAAAUCCUGGACUUGCAUCUGGGCGUUGAAUCUUCCCCGGUGCGGACCUACCGCCGAAGAACCCUCUCCCUGUGCUCCUGCUGGUCCCCCGAAGGCAUGGGAAAGAAGGACGACCCCAAGUUGAUGCAGGAGUGGUUCAAACUGGUGCAGGAGAAGAACGCGCUGGUCCGCUACGAGUCGGAGCUCAUGAUAUUUGCCAGGGAGCUGGAGCUGGAAGACCGGCAGAGCAGGCUCCAGCAGGACCUGAGGGAGAGGAUGGCUGUGGAAGACCACCUGAAGACGGAGCAGGAGCUGAGCCGAGAGAAGCAGAUCCUCAACGAGAUGCUGGAGGUGGUGGAGCAGCGCGACUCCCUGGUGGCCCUUCUGGAGGAGCAGAGGCUCCGCGAGAAGGAGGAGGAUAAGGACCUGGAGUCGGUGAUGCUCUCCAAGGGCUUCAACCUCAACUGGGUGUGAGGGCGGCCGCCCCCCCCCCCCCCCACACAAACACACACAGACCAAGCCGCACGGAAUGUCCUUUUUGCUUUUUCUUUCUUUUUUUCCCCCUGCAAGACUGCGGUGUUUCAGCUAUGGAAACCAGUCGCUCAACGCAGAGAUCGACCCCUUCUCCAGUAGGACCCCACUCGUCGGCCCGUACUUGCCUUUCUCACAGGGUCUUUGGGUUGUGUGAGUGCGUGUGUGUUUUGCCAGGGCCCUACGGAGAGGACUGACGGAUGAAUGCAGAGUCUCCGCUACUGCCACACCCACAGCCGUGAAUGUGUAGUGUUCUCCCGCUGCAGCCACGAGUGUGACGGAACGGAUUCUGUUUAGUUUUUAACGUUUACGUCGGAAAAACCGGCUGCUAGAAACCGAUGUUGACGUUAGUUCCGUCGGUCACUUUUUAUGUUUACGUUAGUUUUUUUUUUACGCUAAACGGUAAAAAAAGAAAAAUGAACGUUACCGUUUACAUAUUUGCCCCCCCCCCCCCCCCCUGCUCCCACCCAAAAAAGGCUUAUGGGGUAUCCAGAUCUGGAGAGACUGAUUAUGGCGAGCCACAGCUUUAGUAUUGCUUAAAAUGUUCCUCUUUAUAAGAGGAACUUUGGGAGAAUUUAGAAAAUAAUCAAAGGGUUUUAUCAUCUAAAAGGGAAAAAAAGAGAGGUUGGGUCCUACUGAUGUAAAGGAGUUGUACAGAUUCACUGGUAGGUAUAUCACAUUUCACAGUAUAUAGAGAGUUCUCGUUUAUUGCUUUGCAAGGACUGCUAAAGAGAUUGUUUGCGUGCUGCAGAGAUGCCUCACACUCAACUCUCCCAACUGCGGGGGAUCCGUUGUGAUUGGCGACCCCGACGAGGGAAACUGACACUCCACUUAGGCUGCCUUUCUAUCCAAUCACAGGCCAGCCCCUGUGUCCUUAGGAGUUGUUUCCGAAGAGGCUCAAAGACUUUAUUUUAUUUCAUGCUCCCUUUUCCCCUGACAAUGAUUUUUUAAAUCCGUUUGAAUGUGGCCGCAUGGGCUUCACAAGCACUCGUUAGAGUGGAUUGCUUUCAGCAGAUAUAACGUGUUUUCCUCUGUGUAACCAGAGUAACCAGACCUCAACCAUUCUUAACCAGGCAUACCUUGAUAGGAACUGCAUGUCAAGAGCAGCGAGCACAGGAUCAGGACAAAGUCUGCAUUUUUUGGACUUGCAUUGUCUGAUUACAAAAUAGAUUAGCAAACACAAAGGGAUUUUAAGAUUUUCACAAAGUAAAAAAGUCAUUUUCCCCAUUGCCUGGUAUUUCUUGGCAGCAAUCUUGAUUUGGGUUACAUCAAACCCAGUUUUAAUCUACUAGCUCAGUGCAAUAAUUACACACACACAAACAUCUGUGGGAUUACAUAUCCCUACUCCAUAACAGGGCAUUAGUAGAGUGAAAAUGGAUAAGGCUUCUCCCUUGGCCGUUAUGGAGGGUUCCUACUGUGUGGUUGUGUUGGUUUGGGGCAGGUUUCUGUUGUUACUGGGUAGGUCCACUGAGUCAGAUGCUACCGGACAUGUUGGUUCAGCCGUUGCAACAACAAAGGAAUUCACCACAAACACAUAAACGCUAGUGUUAUUCUCGAACAAAAGGCCUUUUUAGUUCUGUCGGCAUCGGACACGUUUCAUGUUGGAUGUCUGUGGGUUUACUUUGAGGUGCGGCAAACAUUUGUACAUCUCACUGGGAAUACACUUUUACUUUUUUUUAAGUCAAAUCUUUUUAUACAAAAGGACUUCAUAACCGUUUUUUUGUUUUUUUUAAGCAUAGACCAGAGAACAUGAGAUCUACGAACAACCCAUGGUUUGGGACAUGUAGUUCCUUGUUCAGCGUUUGAAUCCACUAGUUUUCUCACAAACUGACACAAAAGGGUCUUCACUGUUUUUCUUGCAAAGACACCUUGUGCCAGAGGCUAUAUUUAUGACUUGAGCUGUGAAGGAAAUGUUACACAAUUUCAAGGCUUUUAAAUGGUGUGACAUGUUUGACAGAUUGUGUUGAUAUUUAUUAAUGUGUGCAAGGCUGUAUUAUAUGUUAUUAUAUGUACAAAAAAAUGGAAUCCUAAUUUUUAAAAUGCCAUGUUCACUAUUGACUUGUAAAUGCUUCAUGUAGCUAAAGCCGCAUAGGGUGUUGGAUGUAUGCAGAAAUGGCAAUAAAACAAUGCAGUAAUUUUGAGUCAUUAUACAUAUCACAUCUUUUGUGUUCACUACAGUAUGGACUCCUGUUUCUGCUCUGGCAGCAGUUGAUGAGGUUUGAUGGAGUAGCCAGCACAAGGCCAGCUGUUAUUCUUUGGUGCCACAUCUGCCACAUCAAAAUAUAUCCAAUGUAUUCAACUGUAAAUUGAGGCGAUAUAGGGCACUUAUAUAAAUCUCUAUAAAUAACUAUUAUAUAAAACGAUUAACUAUAGAGCCACCAUACUUCAAAAAAGGAAAAAUUACAUGUGACAUGUCGCAGAACUUAACAGAAAACCCCAACAAUUACUUUGUUAUUGUGCAAGAACUUGUAAGCAAGCGAUUAAUGAAUAGCCAUGUGAAUUUCUUAGCUUGUCUAUUCAUAUGCAUAUAUACAGAAUUAUGGAAUCUUAUAAAUAUUUACACUUCAUUUCACUGAGAGAAAAACAUAAUUGAUAUGAUGAACCAAGCUUUAUACAUAUUUGAUUAUUCAUUAAUAUCUUAGAGCACCACUUUACUUGAAUCAAUGUAACCAAAAUACUGUUUGUCUGGAUCAGUGCAGCAGCAUCGAACAAUUGGAAGUUAUGGAAAAAAACAUAGAUAAGGGUCCAGCUUUUCUGUCUUUCCCAAUGUUACAGUAUCAAACACAUUGGUAAUGUAAAAUCGGAUACUCCGGCAAUUUUUUUUAUAAUUCAGUUAGACGCCAACGCUCGGUGUUCAGACGCCAAACUUGUUUUUGUUUAUUUUUGAGAUGUGUAGGUGUGUAACAGUAUAUGAUGGGAGAAUCACACCCAGUCAUUUGGAAUGAUGCAUGGGGUCUUUGGGCGAAAGGUUCCAUGAAGUUGUAAAAUCAUUUAAGAUUAUCCCUAUUCAAGGCCCUGUCUCUUCCCCCUGGGCUGCAAUGGAGGAUAUGUAAAGCGACAUGUGGAUUAUGUAAAACUGUUCCAUCGCUCCAAACACCAACUACAGCAAGACAUAGACGGUAUAUGCAUAGUAAAACUCCAUAAAAUGAAUACAAAUCCUCCACCGGCGACAGGAACCCCCUAUUAGCGGACGGUUCUACAGAAGAAAAUGUCCUUUUUCUUCUAUUUCUGCUUGUCCCUGGGGGCCACUGUACUGCAGCCCCUUUCUUAACAUUACAUAACGGAA